CAGGUAGUGAAGACAGAACCUGGACUUCCAGCGGCUUGGUUGUGUGAUUGUUUUGUGUCUUUACGUCCGUUAUAUGCGACAAAGAAAACCCCGAGGUUUACAUAUCGUGAUAAGAGAAUAAAGCAAUAAGAUGGCGGCCGAGGCUCAAGAAGACGCCAAGAGUGUGGAGGAAGUGAAGACGUUCGAAGGCCUUUUGCGCUUGGUGGGAACUCGAGGCCGCUGGAACAUCAUACUCUUCCUCCUGUGCGCUUAUUCUACGUUCGUGUCACCGAUGCAGAGCUUGUCCUACCAGUUCCUCGGUGCCACACCCGAUCACUGGUGCCACGUAGAGCCUCUCGUGAGUGCCGGAUGGUCUGAGGAGCAGAUUCUGAGCAUCGCCAUACCUGUCAACAACGAGACUGGGAAGCCAGAACACUGCUUGAUGUACAACAGCAACUUCAGCAGCGCACUUGAACGAGGCUAUGAGUGGGCUCAAAACAACCCACAAAUUUUCGACCAGAGUGAAGUGGUAUCCUGCUCCUCCAGAGACUUUAACGGUAGUCAGUAUCGGUCGACUGUUACAACAGAGUGGGACUUAGUAUGCGAUCGCCGGGUGCUGUACUCCACAACACAGGCGGCGGUGCAGGCGGGGAAACUUGUUGGAUACGUGUUCCUCGGGUACCUCCUUGACACCUUCGGUCGACGCCCAGUAACUCUCGCCUGUUCAGCUUUGUCCAUCAUCUCGGGAUUCUUAGCUGCUGCGUCUCCGAACGUCGAAUUCUACAUUUUCGUCAAAAUCAUUAUUACCUGCAUGAUGUCUGGCGUGUACCUGGGUUGUUUCAUUUCAGUUAUGGAAGCGUGCUCAGCCAAACAGAGAGAUUACGUCGGUCCUCUGUUCGUUCUCCCCUGGGCUUUGGGUUACAUGGUGGUGCCUGGUAUAGCCUACCUCAUCCGGGACUGGAAACCUCUACAGGCUGCUCUCACAACCCCUGCCCUCGUCCUUGUUGUUUUCUAUUUCUUGCUCCCGGAGUCCCCUCGCUGGCUCAUCCUCAAAGGGCGGCACAAGGAGGCCCUCGAAGUCCUGCACAGGGCGGCGAGACUCAACGGCAGGACACUCCCGCCGGAUCAGCAAGUCAUCGCCGCUAUGGAAAGGAUCGCAAACUCGGACACGAAUAAGGAAAGUCAAGAGAAAGCGAGAGAAAGUCUGUCCCAGCGAGCCCUCAACGUAGCAAAGACGUUUUUCAUUCUCCUGACGACGCCAAGCUUACGUGUCAGGGCACUCAUCGCCUUCUUCUGCUGGUUCGCCGCCUCCAUGGUCUACUACGGGGUGGCUCUGAACGCUACGAAUCUCAGCGCGGAUCCCUACAUAUAUCUCUUCUUAGGAGGACUCAUGGAAGUGCCCUCAUACAUCUUACUGUGGCCCGCUAUAAAGUUCCUCGGGAGAGUAAAGUCCUUAGCGAUCCUGUACUUCGUGUGCGGUGCCUCCAUUAUCGUCGUGAUGUUCCUCAUGCUUUACGUCCCGACAGUGCCAGUGGGAGUGACAGUGUUCUUCUCCCUCUGUGGCAAGAUGGCUAUCACCGCCGCCUUCCACCUGAUCUGGCUCUUCACAGCUGAACUGUUCCCUACAAAGUACCGUUCCCUUGCUGUUGGGGAGGCCAGCGUGUGCGCGAGGGUGGGCAGUAUCUGCUCGCCUUAUAUCAACGACAUUCUGGGCGAAGUGGUGACGUGGGCGCCCUCUGCCCUCUUCGGCAUCGUGUCCUUGGUAGCGGCCGGUCUCUCCCUCCUCCUGCCAGAGACCAAGAACCGGGAACUCCCUGAGACGGCCGAUUUCUUCGAGAAAAAGGGGGAGACCAACGCAGCUUACGAGGCGGGAGAGAAGGGCCAGGACGGGGGGAAAGUGGAGCUGUCGUGAGGGAUUCGAUCCUUGGCUGUUCCUUCUCGUCGCCGUGAGGGAUUCGAUCCUUGGCUGUUCCUUCUCGUCGCCGUGAGGGAUUCGAUCCUUGGCUGUUCCUUUUCUCGUCGCCGUGAGGGAAUUUAAUCCUUGGUUGCCUUUCCAGUUCGGUUGUGACUCUGCUGUAAGAGUGUUUGCUUCCUUUAGUGUAAAGUCAGUAGUGCGAUUUAUGGUUAUGUAAGUUUUUGCAGUUAAUCUGGCGACAUUUACAAUACCUGAAUUGUUAACGUGUACUCACUGAGGCCACUUCAUAAUGCAAACUGUUGUUAACUUAGAUACAGACUGUAUAUUGAUUACUAAAUUGU